GCCGGAGAUUUUGAGGAAGGCGUGGAAAAUUACAGAAAUAUUUUUUUUUGUGUUGUGUCUUCUCUGCUCUCUCGCCAUUGCCGCCGCGGCGCCGCCUCCUCCUCCUCUUCUUCCCCCGCUGGUCCGGCGAAUACGGCGGCAAGCCGGCGCCGGUGGAGACGGGGUAGCGUCCGGCGCCAGACUGCGCCGACCUGGGUGACCGACUGAAGUUGAAGGUGAAGGAAAGGGGACGACGACGACGUCAGGUGUGGAGGAAGUGACUUGCAAGGUUGCCGGCGCCGCGUCUUCCUUCGGAGUUCGUACUCGAGGGGCGUCUUCCUCCCUAGAGGAGUGUACGCUUCUUCUCCCGGCCUCUACGGCAGAGGUAGUAGUAGUACUAGCCCAAGAAGAGGAAGAGCAAGACGAAGCUGGAGGUGGAAUCCUCCCGCCGGCGACGAGAGGCCGCUCUAGAUCGACAUGGACGCGCAAAUGGCGGCCGCGGCGGCGCACCACCCGCUGCCGCAUCAGCAGAAGGCGGCCAACCUGGCCCGCACCUUCACCAAGCUGCUCCGCCGCAAGCGCGCUGACGCUGUCGCCGCCGCCACCGCGGUGGGAGAGCCCGGUGUGCCCGAUGCGGCCGCGGCGUCUGUGGUUGGAGAUGAGUACGAGUGCUCCGUCGAGGCGGCGGCGGCGGGUGUGCCGUCGUUGAGCAAGCUGAAGCUGUCCGGUAACCUUGGCGCGGCGUAUUCGCUCGACGCGUUCUUCCGCAAUGCGGCCGAGAAGAAGGCGGCGGGGGUGGCCGGGGUGGCGGUGGCGCAGACGUCGCCGCAGGUGGCGCCGGAUGUGGCGAAGGAUUCGUUGCUGGCUAACCUGUUCGCUGGCGUCUCGGCGGUGAAGGCGGCGUACGCGCAGCUGCAGCUCGCGCAGUUCCCCUACGACGCGGAGGCGAUUCAGGCCGCGGACGCCGCGCUGGUGGCGGAGCUCACCAGGCUGUCCGACACCAAGCGGCGGUAUCUCCGGGACCCCGCCGCGGCGGCCAAGAACGCGGCGGCGGCGGGGCACACCGCGCUGUACGCGCACGCCGAGGAGCAGCGGCAUCUCCUCAAGACGUACCAGAUCACGGCGAGGAAGCUGGAGGGCGAGCUCCGCGCCAAGGAGGCGGAGGCCGACCGCGCCAGGAGCUCCCUCACCGCCGAGCUCCGCGCCGAGCGCGCCAUGGAGGCGCGCCUCCACCCCGGGCGCACCCUCGCGUCGCUCGACGAGCUCCACCUCUCCGGCCUCAACCCCACCCACUUCCUCACCGCCCUCCGCCACACCGUUAAGUCGAUCCGCUCCUUCUCCAAGUCAAUGCUCAACUCGAUGCAGUCCGCCGGUUGGGAUCUCGCCGCCGCGGCGGCCGCCGUGCACCCGGGCGUCCAGCUGCGCCGCGCCGGGGACACCAAGUUCGUCUUCGAGUCCUACGUCGCCAUGAAGAUGUUCGCCAAUUUCCACCGGAGGGACUUCAACCUCAGCUUCUUGGACGAGCGGGAGUUCUACGACCGCCGCCGCUUCUUCGAGGAGUUCACGGAGCUCAAGGCGGCGCCGGCGAGCGCCUUCCUCGACGCGAGGAACGCGCGGUGGGGCGGGUUCGGCAAGUUCCUGCGCGCCAAGUACCUGUCACUGGUGCACGCGAGGAUGGAGACGGCCUUCUUCGGGAGGCUGGAGCAGCGCGGCAUCGUGAGCGCCGGGCCGGGCUUCCCGGAGAGCUCGUGGUUCGCCGACUUCGCCGAGAUGGCGCGCCGCGUCUGGCUGCUGCAUUGCCUCUUCUACGCGUUCGACGGCGGCGCCGAGGAGGACGGCGCCUCCAUCUUCCAAGUCCGCACCGGUGCGCGCUUCUCCGAAGUGUACAUGGAGAGUGUCAGCGACGGGCGCUCCGACGAGGCCGCCGCCGCCGCCGCCGAGGAACGCGUCGUCGGGUUCACCGUGGUGCCGGGGUUUAGAGUUGGCCGGACAAUGAUCCAAUGCCGGGUCUACCUGUCGCGGCCGGGACGGCGGCCAUGAUGGGUUGUGACAAAGCCGUCUUGUUUCAGGUGUCCGGCGGAUGAUAAAGGGGGAGGAAUGUCCAUUUUGGGGCGGCCGUCGAGGUCUCCCGCCGGCAGCCGGCUGCGGCGGCGGCGGCGGUGUUGGUGAUGAUGAUCAGUGGGUGGUUAUGUAUCUAUUAAGGGAUGUAGUGGUGGUGAUCAUAAUAUAAAUGGCAUUUUAAGUUUGGAUCCAUUGGAGCAAUCAGAAAUGUUCUUGCAGUGUUCUUGUCUCGGAUCAGAUUGUCUCCUGUCACUUGCUUGUUUUGCAGGGGUUGUACUCUACACAAGAUGGAACCAAAGAUCCAGUUCAUGAGCAUCCAUGUAUGUUGGGUGGUAACUACUGCUACUACUAACUGGUUAGCAUAUUCUUGCUCCAAUUAUGCGCUUAUUUAACUUGUAUAUUAAAUCAUGGGGGUUGAUCUGAUCAAUGUGGUCUUAGUUCUGGAAUGGUGUUCUUGUUUCUGGGGAGGAACAAAACAAUAAUAAUAAAUACUUUUUGGAUGUUUGUUGCGAUGGCUUUGGCAUGUUGGAACUUGUGAUUUGCUGUUUUGCAGUUGGUUGCCUCCUUUUGGUGGUUUGUGAUCAAGAGCUAAAGUUAUGCGCAGUGCUUAUGGGCGACGGCAUCAGCAUGGACUAGUUAAUCUUGCUGGCUUCUUUAAUCUUUAAGCCAAGCCGCCUGGUUUGGUUUGUUAUGAGAACAAGACAAGGUGAGGAUCAAAAGCUUUUCUUUCUUUGGCUAAUGUCAAAUACUCACGCACAAAACGGUUCUCCACUCUUUCAGUGUUGCUGUCUACUGGAUUAGCUCAGUUUUGCUGACAGUGUCAAAUAUAAAUGAGGAUCAUCAGCAUAGCUGAGCUGUUCGUGUUGAUCCAUUACUUUUUUUUUCUGUUGCAUCAUUAUAGCACCUCGUGUACAAGUACAACCUCUUUUCCUUUUUUGUGUGUAAGAAAGUGAGGUCGUAUUUUCAACUAAUUUUUUUUCUCCUUUUGCUUUUCUUUCUUAUUUGUUAAGACAAUGAUAACUGGUGCUAGCUUUGGUUUGGGAGCAUGAUACACAGCUAAUUUGCACUAAGCAGCAACAGAAAAAGGAUCGAGAUGUUGAACGUGAAAAUAA